CACGAAGAUCUGGUGCAUGACUAAACGACAGUAGAAAUCCAGACAGCACGACGACAACACAAGCAGAGCUGUGAUAACAUCGAACAGGCCCGAUCAACAAAAUGGCCGACGACGCCGACGCAGAGCCCACUGGGGUGUCGGUCACGUUUGAAGUUUCCGUGACCAAGGUCGGCCCCUUCCCAGCCCCCGUGCAGCCCACCGUCAAGCUUUCCGGUGCGUUUGUCGAGGAGGAAGUGUCUGGACCUUCUCCCCUGCCCGAGGCAAGCGAGGGUGUGGAGAGUCCGGGGUAUGAGGUCCUCACGUUUCCGUCCAAGGCUUGCGCGUCCAAUCUGGAACUCUGCGACGCGGCCUGUGCGGGCGGGGGACUGAAGUUAGAGGUGGGCGUGUUCUUCUUGUUGUGUUUCCUAGUGCUAGUCGUUUCUGUUGCACCAUGCCAUUCAUGAUCGGUAAUCAAUCGUUGUAGUCGGGCUUGUCAAGUUCAGACUCCGUCCCUUUGGAUGGACAAGUAGAAAGUCCUCGUAAACCAAUUUCAACAUUCUUCAUUUGCCUUGCACCUACGUACAACUACAACUACCCACUGCGCAAUCAACGAAACAGCUCUUCGAUGCCGCGAACGGGGAUGCGCCACUGCUCGCGGAGCCGCUCGUGGUAAAUUUAGAGGCGCUGCUGCAAGAGACUACCGAAGUUACGGUCGAGGCCGCCGUCGUUACCCUCAGCGCCGAUGUGGACGCAAAAUGGGAUGACGAAGAGGCGCCGAAGGUAAAAAUUUGAAAAGCAGUUGCAUAUCACGUAGCUAGAGUAGAACUAGCUCACUCAUCAGACUGCGCAUGCAGUAGUUUUAUGACAAACAGCACGAAAUAAAUAAAACAAGCUGCUGGUCGCACAGAAGUGACAGCUCAGCAUCCGUUUCCGGCACUUUUGACCAAGAAGUACAAGCCCUCAAAUGUUGGUCCUCAACCCUAUGUCAACAUGAUCAAAACAGACCCGCGUGCCCACCACCGUGACGCUGCACAUCAAAACCUCUUCCGUCCUGGGCUCCGCAGCCGACGCCUUGCUUUGGAACGUGCUAAAGGUGAAAACGCACCUGAAAGACCCACCCGCCGAGCUGAUGAAGUGCAGCACGCCCGGGGCCAAGGACGCCCCGGAAAUCCACGGGCUGUUCUACUCCAUCAACAUUCUGGGGGAGGAAGUAGCAGCGAGGAAAAGCAUCGAGGCGGUACUAUUGCUUUUCGUUGGCGGGUCGUGUUUUCGGAUUCAGCAUAUGAAGCUAUGACUUUUGUUCUAAUGGAGAAGUUACAGGAGUUCUAGUUGCACACCGAUCUUUUUCUUUAUGUGGGAAGAUAGAAAGUUAAAUAUUUUUGUAUGCUUACAACGGUGUCGACAAAUCCAACUGAGAGUAGAUAGAGACCUCGGCACCCUGAAACUUAUUGAAACUACUUUAGAACGAGUACAACAUCUUCUACAUCUACAUCAAGAUCAAACUACUCAACAGUUCGACGGCGGUCCGGAUGGCCCCACGACGAAAGACUGGAUUCGUCCCGUCGAGCCGGACUUUUGCCGGUACCGGGACGUGGGUUUCAUGCGGAAAUUACAAGACCUGCUGAACAACGUGGGUGGCACGUACGUGACCGUUACCGUGUCGCCGGCGGUCGUAGAUGACCCCAAGUACAAACCGCCCGCGGAGGUCCCCGCGCUCUGCGACAAAUACCGAUUCCGGGCCUACCUGGACCUCAGGCCGCUGCUGCAGCGGGGCGCCACGGAGCUGGAGGCGGAAUGUAUCAGUUUUCUGGCUUACUUUCUUAAAACAUUGUGGUGCUGGUGACAUUUUUCAAUAACAUAUGCCCGCCUGCGAGUACAUGGACGUCAUCUAGAAAUAGACCAUGACAAGCACACUGACGUCUCUCUGACUCUGUAGUUGGCGGCAGAUCACAAUACAGGAGGACACAAGUAUAUCACCAGGAUGGUGUAGGUGUUCGUUGCUGUUCUGUGAAACGAUAGCAUUGAUUAGCUGUGAAUUUAGAAAAAAGCAAGAAAAUGAAAAUCGCAAUACAUAACUUCUUCUACAGGCCCACUAGUACAAGCGUCCGGGGAUCCUUUUACCGACGGUGAGGGAGCAGAAAUCACGCCGACCCUAUCACUGUCGUUGUCCCUCCGCGUGCCCAUUCUUCCGGCGGAGUUGCCGCCACCACCAGAAGUCGCGGACAUGGUACAGCGCGUAGUUUCAUAUUUGGUUUACUUACUCCUACGUACCGCUAGCCCUAGAAUCUAGGGCGAUCAAAAUCGUGCUGUAGUGUAAGUAGUGCUUCUAGCUGGGCGUCAGUGCGUCAAUGAUCCACUUCUAAAAGUAACGUGCGAUGUUGAUGAAACCGAUAAAUUUAAAUACAGCUGACCCGGCGCGAAGUGACGCAGAAGCUCCGGAGCGCGGAGAAAGCGCGGGAGGAAUUCUUGAAAGCGGUGAAAGACAGUGUUGAACCCGCGAGCAGCUCCUCCUCGGGGCGACGGCCGGAAAAAUUGGUCGAAAUUCGCAUACGGGAGGCGUUGAUGAAGCAAGUGACAGAGUACGCCAGAAAGAGCUUGAAAGUCGAUCCGGAUGGGACGGAUGCGUUCGUGUCACAGGUAGGAGUACAUAGAUAAAAGCACCUGCAGCUACUUGAGCAGAUUGUUUUAUUGCUCAUGCGAGUGUGAAAAGAAGUUGCUUUCACCACCUCGUCCUUCUACGUUGUAGUCGGCGCAUGAUUUUCAGGCCAAACUGCACGCGCUUGCUGUGCUCCUGAGUGUAAGAACUAGAUGAUCCAGCGAAAAGAAAAUGUUACCACAUUACCUUAUCAGGUCUUCGCCGAGCUUGCCUCCCAGGUGGUCCCGGACACGCUCCGGGGGCUGAACCUGACCGCCCCCGAGCCCCCGGAGAAGGCGCACGCGUUGAAAGAAGUCCGCACGCAGCGCGAGGUCUUGGUCCGGAGUCGACGGCUCCUGCAAGAAGCCGAGCUGUGCGGGAACUGGAAAACGGCGGCCAAUUUUUGGCACCAAAUUCUCGCGAUCGAGAAGACCGAGGCUGCGGGGUGGCUGGACUACGGGAAGUUCCUGCAGCGCGUCGGCGGGAAAUCGGAAGCCGCGGAGUUCGCGGUUCGGAAGGCGGUGUCUUUAACCAGCAGCGCCUCCUCUUCUUCCUCCUCCAGUACGGGGCCGAACAACGAACAGCAGGUCACCGUCCGCGAGGGAAAACUCAUGCUGGUCGCGUUACUGCUGGACCGGAGGCGAUUAUCCCACGAAAAAACUGUUUCACUGUGAUGAUUUUGCAAGAUUUGCAUCACAAGUUUGUUACACAUGACACUGAAAAUUUGUCAUGCGCGCUUCCCAACGGAAAACUCGCUUGAAAAUCCAGUGUCUUGCAAGUGUAGCAAGACAAAUAGAAAUAGUCCUGUGUUGCAUUUUCUGCAUCAAAAACAGUUUUUUCUUGCGAUAGCGAUUUCAAGACGCGGAAAAAAUGCUGGUCGAGAUGUCGGAGGGGACGUUGUUCGGGCGCCACCACUAUCAAAUGUAAAAAUGUCUGGGUCUGGAAGAAUGCAACUUGUCAUGCUGCAUUUGGAUUCCAGAAAAAUCAGUAUUGUAUGAGUACCAAAAGGAAUGUAAUUUUUGCUACGCGGAGAGGGCAUUUGUCAUGCGGAAUAGGCAUCAAGAAGCUCUCAAAAAAUCUGUGCUGCUAGGGCAUGCAUCACAGACAUCAGGGCUCAUCCAAAACGUGCAUGACAAGUGUCAGAAUCUUCCAGACCCAGACAUUUUUACAUUUGAUAACCACCAGAUGGUCAACUUUCUGCGGGGGAUCUGCGCGUACCUCAGCAAAAACGACGUGGAGGCGGGGCAAAACUGGUUCGUGCUCGCAACGAAGCCCAAGGAGUGGUUCCGGGGCCUGCACAGCGAGGAAAAAAUGAAUAUGAACUGCAAAACCUCCUGGAUUUUCGUACUAAUUCCAAUACAGCAAGAACAGCAUAGGCGUAGAAGCUGUACCUUUCUCGCCUGAAUCUGCAUGGUGACAAAGUCCAUGUUUCCGCUUGCGAAAAUUUCUCAUGCGAUCAUUCCCAUUAGUACGAUGGCCGAUACUUUUGCAAUGCAUAAUGCUGGAAAAGCUGCAACUCUUCCUGUCCGCCGGGGAUGCCAUGAGCACAGUGACGGGAACGGGGGUAUAGAGGAGUCACUUGAAGAAUUGCUACAAUGUCCUGGUGUCCUAUGUCUUUGCCCGUGAGAGGUAAAAAGUGUGAGUAGAACAAACCUAGUACAACGCUUCGCAUGGUGCGCGUACUGCUCCAUAAGCAAGACCAAGGAGAUCAAUAUGAUCAUGAAGAGCAUGGCCUGAAUAUUCUAUAUCUAAAACUCUACUUUAUUUUAUCAGACCCAGCUCUCCAGUCAAGCGACCGGCAUUUUCGGUGCGGAUUCCAUUUCGUCAAGUAGUUCUGGUACUAAGCCCUCGCUGGAGGCAAGCAACCCAUUGGUUGUGGCCUUGGAAAAACUUUUGGACUUCGGCUGCGCCCGGCUCGUUUUCACGAUUUUGGAUACGGCGGAAUUGAGGAACGUGGUCUCGUUCGGCCACGACGGCUUGCGGGAGGUAAUAGAAGCGGAGUGCUACAUGCUGCAGCACGACCUGCCAGCGGCAAAGAAAGUGCUGCAAGCCGUGACGACCGAAGUGGUGGAGGUAAGUACUAUUGGCGGGAUUUUUAGUGCAGCAGAACUUCUACUCGUGGGUGGUUCAUCGUCUGGAUGUGCUGAUGCUUGUUGAUCUUGAUGUCUAAUAUAGCCUUUGCUGAGGCUUUUGUGAGAUGAUCUUCUAAAUCAAAGCAUGGAAAUCGAAAUCAAUACGAAGCCACUCAUCUUUAUCGUUUCACAGCCCGGAGUCGACUGUGCGCGGUGCCGCAUCCUGGGCGAGGCCCUUUUCCGCUUGGGAGAAUUUGAGGAAGCUUUGCAAUUUCUCGCAACCGCAAUUGAAUCCGAAGCAUUUCGACCAGAAGUGUUUGUCUCCGUCUUUAUCAGGCUGGGGCACUGCUAUUUGCUGCAAGGGGAAUACGAGCAUGCAAGGACGGUAUUGAUUCACUGAGUAGAUUUGUACUCGGCUUGGAAAUGCUGGAAAUGCAAGUCGUGCGAGGUGAGCAACUGCAACACGACAUUAGUGUUUUGCCGUACUUUAGAACUACAAUAAAGCAGCUGUAAUUUUUCAUCUUGCCCCGGUGAAUUUGCAUGGUAAUUUUGCAGCUUUCUGGUCUUACGGUUGUGCCGUGUGCGCAAAUAGAGACGUGUGUAUACAAUAAAAAAAUCUGCUUCACUAUCCAGGUUUUCCUUCAGAGCGUGCGCAUUGGUGCCACUUCGGAAGCCUGGGUUGGUCUCGCCUUCAGCAGUUACCGGCAGGAUCAGAUCCCCGCGGCGUACGAGGCCCUGCGAGAGGCCUUGUGGCUCGACGACGAGAGACCGGAUACCUGGGCGUUCUUGACGCUGGUGCAUUUACGGUAUAACGUAUUAAAGGCCGGGCCCGGGCGUUGAUGUAUGUAUGUUCCACCUGUAGCUGACAUAGGCAUUGGAAGAUGCAUCGUGAGGUUCUUCGCAUCGAGCUUUUCAUACGACAUCGGCAUUUUAACUUCGGAUCACGCUGUCCAUGAAUAAUACAAAGAACCAUCUUAAUCUUUUACUUCUAUCAGGCUCGGAAACUUGCUCCAAGCCGACGACUGUUUCCGGCACACGCUGUAUUACACCAGCAGCACCAUGUCGGACGAACUUCUGCUCGAGCUUGGCGUGGAGUUUCUCAAGUCUGAGGAGCACGAGUCGGGGCCGUACCGCGCGGAGUGCGCAGCGAGGACGGCGCUGGCGAUUCGCGAGACAGGGCAGGCUCACGAGGUGCUCGCGGAUUCGUUAUCUGUGCAAGAGCAGUACGAAAAGGCGGUGCUGGAGUACGGCAUCGCGAUCCGGCUAUUCUAUGAUCAGCCGGAGCAUCGGCAAAACCUUGUGGACAAGGCACUGCACUUGACCGACGAGAUACUGCACGACGCACCGUUGGCGGAAUCGGUGCACAUAGCGGAAAAAAUGGCGGCGGCACACGCAGCGGACAUCGCGAAAAAGAUGGGGGGCGAAGGGGCCGGGGGAGACGGAGCAGGUGGUAUCGCGGUGGGGGCGUGAUUAAAGCUUUUUGCGCUCGUCGGUGUAGUUCAAGGUCGUAACUGCGCUUCUUUGUAAAAAUGUAGCACACUUCUACGCAAAUUAACAACGGAAAAAGUGUCAAUAACACCAAAAGAUAGAAUAGAACCGAACCAUUAUUAACAUUGAAAGUAGAAAAUCACCUUGUCGUGUCAACAUUUGGAAAAGUUGCAAAAAUCCAAAAUUUAGAUAUAGAUUAGAUUGCGCGCCAUGGAAAAUCCGCUCGUCACAUCCAGGUUGUGAUGGAGGAUGUGAAAUUGAUUUGGUCAAGAUUUGUUGCAAAAGAACAGUGACGGAAAACAUGUACCAAUGGCAAGAAGAAAGUCUGCUCUCUUCGAGAAGGUAGACCGAGGAUGACG